AAAUACUAAAAAGCAUAAAAAAUGGAUGAAUUAAAAAACUGUUUUGAGCAGUGAGAAAAAGGUCUUGAUAGGUGUAUUGGGUCAAAUGGAGAGGUAUUUAAAAGUGACUGAAGUUUACAUUUAGGAAUAAAUAUACAACUUUUUAUAAAUAAAGUCUGUUUUGGGGGGUCCCCCUCAUAUAGUUUGCUAAAUUACUGUUAUUCAAGUUGGGUCCUUUUAAAUUCUUUCAAAUACCAUGUUACCUAUUAUAGAAUUACAAUAGGGGGAGAAAAACCAUACUAGAUAUUGAUGCAACCUGUAUGCUGCAUUUCAAUUGUAUUAAAAUAAUUAACAGUUGAGCUCUGCUGAAAACAACAUUAUAGAGCUUUAACCCCAUGGAUAUAUACCUAUAAAACGGCCAUGUUCAAAUAAAUAACAAUUGAGAUUUGUGGUGUUUUAGAGAGUUUUAAAGGUGUCUAAUAAUCGCAUGAUGUCCCUUUGGUGGCUCAGAGCAUGUUCUCCAAGGUCCCUCUCUGUGGUCAAGGUUCUGAGAGGUCUAAGAUCCCCUCAAUCCUCCUUGACCUUUUCAGUGCUGUUCUAUUAAAGAAUCUGCAGGAUACCUCUCCCGUUCUUUUCUCUUUCAUACCCUAAUUCCUGAUUUCAGUUGUUAGUGGGAGUCUCAUCACCCUCACAAGUAGUAAUGUUUUGUUUAUCCUGGGUGUUAAAUUCUGUCUAAAAGUGCUUGCAUUACAUUUACAAUGUAUUCUUUGGAUCUUUGGACCCUAUCAUCUGGUUAUGCAACUGUGUGUUUAUCAGUCAGCUCCUGGUUUUUCUAUUUGCUGGAGCAACCUGUGAGACUGACUGGUAUCCCUAGCCGUGCACUUGUGGCUGCACAAGACUUAUUGAUGAAUAUUUCUAUUCAGUUGCAGGCUGCUGAACCCAUUUCCAGGAGUUGUAGACUGGGUCCAUGCCAUGUGAGUAUGCUUGCGAGAAAGGGGGAGGCAGGGAGGUGGUCUGUUCCAGGACCAGUCUUCCCAACCUCCUCACCAUCAAGAUCACUCCUGUUCGAGUGUCCUUAGCCUUUAGGGCUUCAAAAAUUUUGUGCGAUUUGUCUCUUAAGCAACCCAUUUUAGUGCAUAAUUUGUAUUAUCAAUUUAUUGACAAUUUACUGACUUACCAAGUUAUGUGUGACAUCUCUAAUUUUGUACCUUCACUAUUUUCUUCUUUAUUAAACUGUUGUCUGGUCCUUGCAAAUUGCCUCCAAAUAUUUUUAAAUCGAGUUUAUUGUCAUCAAGCAUAAUGUCAAAUGAGUUCAACGCUGGACAAAUCUACACUGAACGCAAAAGGCUGCAGCUGGGAAUGAGCACUCACCAACACAAAAUACAUGCCUCUCUUUCUUUUAUUUAACCCCUCGUUUUCUUCACAGGAUCUGAAUCAGGUGAGAAGUCAAUUAGGUGGGUCAUGUGCAGAUGCAAUCAGCCCCGCUUGCUAGCCCUGUGCAGUGUGGAAAAUGCGCCACACCUGAACAAACGUUGACUUAGUUCUUCUUCUCUUCUGGUUCCGGUAUCGCAGGAUUCUGCACAGGUACUUCCCGAGCCGCGGGCGCGGCCACUUUGUGCUCUCCGCCUCCUAGGCGCCGCCGCAGUGUGCAGAGCGGGGCUGGUGCGCGGCGCCGGCGCACGAGAACGCGCUCCUGAGCUGGCGCAGUUUCGCUGGGCGGUGCCCGCCCCGCAUCCCUCUCCUCCAGGUUCCUACCUAUCGCCGACUGCAGCCCCGGCCCUGCCAUGGGGAAUGUGCCAUCUGCAGUGAAGCACUGUCUCAGCUACCAGCAGCUUCUCCGGGAGCAUCUUUGGAUCGCGGAUUCAGUGACUGGGGUGCUCGACCCCUCACAGGAGUCAUCCCAGUUACCUGGACUUCCUGAGUAUGUAAAAGUAGUAGAAGUUGGACCUAGGGAUGGGUUGCAGAAUGAAAAGGUUAUAGUUCCUACAGAUAUAAAAAUUGAAUUUAUCAACCAACUUUCCCAAACUGGCUUGUCUGUAAUAGAAGUGACCAGCUUUGUGUCUUCUAGAUGGGUACCACAGAUGGCUGAUCACACCGAAGUCAUGAAAGGCAUUCAUCAAUAUCCAGGAGUUAGAUAUCCUGUCCUUACUCCUAAUCUUCAGGGUUUUCACCGUGCUGUUGCUGCUGGAGCCACUGAGAUAUCAGUUUUUGGUGCUGCGUCUGAAUCAUUUAGCAAGAAGAAUAUUAACUGUUCUAUUGAAGAAAGUAUGGAGAAGUUUGAAGAGGUCGUUAAGUCUGCAAGGCACAUGAAUAUUCCAGCACGAGGGUAUGUGUCUUGUGUCCUGGGCUGUCCAUAUGAAGGAAGCAUAACACCGCAAAAAGUGACUGAAGUAUCAAAGAGAUUGUACGGCAUGGGCUGUUACGAGAUCUCCCUGGGAGACACAAUUGGAGUAGGAACUCCAGGAAGCAUGAAGAGAAUGCUGGAAAGUGUCAUGAAGGAAAUCCCACCCAGUGUUCUUGCCGUUCACUGUCAUGACACGUACGGACAGGCCUUAGCCAAUAUCCUCACGGCCCUUCAGAUGGGGAUUAACGUGGUGGACUCUGCAGUAUCAGGAUUAGGUGGCUGCCCCUAUGCGAAAGGUGCCUCUGGAAAUGUAGCCACUGAGGAUUUGAUAUAUAUGCUUAAUGGCCUGGGGCUCAAUACAGGUGUGGACCUUUACAAAGUGAUGGAAGCCGGUAACUUUAUUUGCAAAGCCGUGAAUAAAACCACGAACUCUAAAGUAGCACAAGCCUCCUUCAAUGCUUGACAUGAAUGAAUUUGUGACUUAAGGCUGAGAAGAUCCAUUUCAGCUACAGAUAUUCAUCUAAAAAUCAUUACAGCCAACUUGUCCUGAAAUGUGAAGUAAUAUAGUUGAAAGAAAGAUAUUUUAAAAAGAGUAUAACUGGAUACAUUCUGAAGUCAACAGCAAAUAAGACCAAUUAUCAGGUAAAUUGCAAGCUGAAAUUAAAUAAUAGAAUUUGUUACAUGCCUUUACACAUGGAGAAAGUCUGCUCUUUUGCUUUUAUAGAAAUAACUUUUUAAUUUAGUAGAUGCGAAAUUGACUUUGAAUUUCUCUAAGUAUGAAAUGCAGUGUUAAAUGCCUGAUCGAGCUGCUUUUGCACAGCACACAGUGUGUCGGUCAUUUGUGAGCUCCCGCAUCGUGCGCAAAGUGUGUGGCCUCGCUGUCGUGCAUUGUGCCUCUGCAUCUAACUUCCCAUUUGCCAAGUCAGUUAAAUUAUGGACUAAGCGCCAAAUCUCCAGCCGGCCCUACAUAAUUUUUAGCAAUAGAACUUUUAUAUUUCAAGUAUGACUAACAUCUGUUAACUAUUUCAAUGACUUUAUCUUGUUCCAAGAGGCUGUGGUCAAUGGCAAGACGCCAUAUCCUGGAAACACAUUACGACCUCCCAUGUUUGUUCCAUGCUUCCAGUUUACCAUACUUUUUCUUUCAUCAGCUAUAGUGAAAAACCAGCAUGGUGUUGCUCUACUCUCCAGAAACAAGGCACAACUUUCAUCUUGCUGUCUAAAUUACAGUGGUGAGAAUAGAGAAUAGGGAAUAGAGAAUAGAUUGAUACAUGUACAUAAUACACGCUCGUAAUUUUCAGAUCACUUCCAAAUUGCCUGAGGAAAUGUUACUGAGAUCCUAAGAAUGCUUAUUAAACUGUUUUUUAAUUCAUGAGAUAAACUGUUUUCCACUGAUUGGGGAUAUUUUUAUUAAAUCCCCUCUUUUUUGUUGACUAUUUUAUGGUUAUUUUAAAAUUGAAGUGGCUGGAAUUUUAUCUCUUGUACCAGAAGGAAUUGCCAGAAAUAGCAAAAAUUAAUAUAUCAAGUUGAGAAGAAGAACAGGAGGACUGUGUUAAGAAAAACAUUUCUGUAACCUAUGCAAAUAAUAUGGAGAAGGUAUUAUUACAUGCAGGUCUAAAACAUCAGUUCUAUUAUUUAUGUAGACUUCUCUAGCAAUAUUGGGUGAUCUUAUCUUUGAAUAAAUUUGAAUAUAACUUGAAAUAUAAAUGUGAGCAUUGUGGACUUUCUAUUAAAUAUUCAUUAAAACAUUGAAGUGAAGAGGAAUUCAAUAAAAUAAGAGAAAUACUGUUCAUAACUAAGUUAACUUUAAUGAUGUAUAAUAAGAAUCAUGAGGGAAACAUUAGUAAUUGACAAAACCAAACUAUAUUCCCAUGGAAGAAGCCAACUCAUCCACGUUGCAAUGGCUAAUAGAGCAGGAUCUUGUAAUCCAGAGUACUGAGCAGCUCUUUGCAUGUGGGUUAGUCUUUGGAGGUGGGGGAAGUGCUGGGAACAAACAAAACUGCAGCUCUCUGUGGGUCUGCCUGUUACAGAUCCAUCCCCUAUGCAUCUCCCUUCACAAAAAAACACAUCCCUGUGCCCUGGGGCAGCAUCGGGACACCUGCCCUGAUUGUGCAUAGCAGGAUAUACACAUCUUCUGGGAUGGAGUUUUCCUAUCUCUUACAGAACUGUGAUAAUUUCAGUUUUGAGUUAGUUGGAAAAGCAUCUGUUGACACAAACUACUUAUAGAAGCAGCUAAGGGGAAAACAUUGCUGUUUUGAAAUAAAAAGUAAGACUCCUGAGAGGGCUGAGCAAGGAGUCAGAAGCCUGAGGUGCGGCCCGGCACACUUAUACAGCAGCCAUGUCAGUCUGCCAAUUGAUCAUUUCUGAGAAUAAUUUGAUGCUUUCUAAUCAUAGCUCACCACGAGAAGGUUUGUUUUGGGCAUUUGUUAUAUUUCUCCACCCAAACCACCCAAAGCACUCUGCUAGGUCAAAGAAAGUUUAUUUUCUGUUUUUUUUUGGGGGGGGGGGGAGAUACUUACAUAAUCACAUAAAGCUGCCUGAAUUCUAUAGGCAGAAUCGCCCUAAAGCUAUAUUUCCACAUCUACUAACCUGGUUAGAGUUGGGAGCAGAGUGAGGGUUUAGGAAGAAUGAGAAAGCUUGAAACCCACCCAGAGCAGUAUUAGAAGUUAACUCCAUGAAAGAAAGGUUUCAAGGGGCUGUUAUAUGCCAAACCCAAAUCUACUCUAUCCUCAGGCUGUGUUCAUCACUCUGCUCAUGCCCACUUUUGUGAAGCACUUUUGAUUCCACGGGCACUGCUCUAUCCCAUGUCCUGCUGUCUCUUUAACGGUUUCCUCUUUCUCUCCUUUGUGUUUACCUAUUGAUUCACAAAUAAAAAUGGCCUGGAUCUCACUAGUCAAAAUGCGUUCCAAGGCAAGCACAGUUGUCAUCCCUUGGAACGUUCUGAGAAAUGUAGAAUCUUGGGCUCCACCCCAGAUUGGCCGCUGUGGGAGGCCGCUCUGUGUGGAGUGCGCCCAGCUCCCACUGGGAGAUGCACAGGACCCAUGCCCAUGGAUAGGUUUUCCGGUGGGGAAUCAGGCCUGCAAUGUACCUAGGCCGCUAUGAGUCUUGCUUUUUGCUAAAACUCCCUCACCCUGAAUUGAGGACAUUUACUGCAAAGCAACUUCCUAAAAACCAUGCCAAACCUUCCAAGGAUGAGUGUAACCAGUUCAACUACUUUUGCCUUUUCAUUUGCAAAUAUCCCUCUUCUGUGAUGUGAUUACCAGCAUCCUUUUCUCUGUUUUCUGUAUAAGGUAACCACCUAAAGUGAGACUGUGCAUAGUUAAUGAGGACCUUGUUGUAUUGUGCCCAGUAAGACAAUAAAAGCCCACUGGAGCCAAGGCCAAGGUUUUUGCUCCCCUUGAGAGAAAAGCCAUACAGUCCCAUUUCCUCCACCAGAUUUGGUAAUCCGUGUGAAUGUCUCAUAUUCAUCCAUAACGACGUGGACCCCACGAGCCAGGGUCCGCAUCAGGCCACAUCACACUGUGCAUUUUUAACAUAUCCAGGCAGGACACGUAUGCUUGUUAAAGGUCUGAAAAGCACUUGCCUGUCGGACACAUUUCCUCUUGGGUAUCUAAUGGGAACCUGAAGCCUCCUGUAUUCAGAAUGCCUUGUUCCACUUUCCCUUCCUGUGUUGUGCUCUAGCCCACAGUCUUUUUCUCUUCUCCCGGUAAUCUCACAAAAAAAAUUUUUUUUAAUGUGACUUUUUCUCCUUUCUUUCCUUUUGAUUCAGACUGGCCUCCUUUAGCACUCUGACUCACUUGCCUCCCUCUUUCCUGUCACAUCCACUCCCUUCCUCAUUAAGCCCUCAGGGCAACCAGGUUCUGCUUACCAUCAAGUAGCCUUUGGAAUAAAGCCUUGGGUCUGUUGACCACAGAAAUCGAGUUGCUGUCAAACUAAAGGUAACAUCUAGGCCUCAGUUUUGUCUCAGCUCCAGGCCCAGAAAAUCUGAACCACUACACCAACCAGACCCUUGUGAAACCAGACAGAAGGACAUGUGGCUGCCAUCGGGACCAUAUACAAUGACCAACCAGCCUCUGGCCUGGCUCCCAUCAGUCAGUAGAGACCACAGCCCUAACUCCCUCAGUCACCAUGAUUAAUGGUUUUCCUCCUGUGUGACCUGUCCCUUAGGAGUCACCAGGGAGCCAGGUCUUAGAGUAAGAGCUCACCUGCGACUCCAGGCUUGGUGCCAUUUUCUUAAAUAAACCUUUACUUUCUUUGAGGCAAACUCCUGUUCUUUUGAUUGGGCUUUGAUGUGUGGAGGAGAAUGAACCCCUUUAGUUCAGAAACAGAACAAGUCAGUUUCAGACCCACCUUUAGGUCCUUGACCUUAGUUCUUCUCUCUGCCUGUAAUGCUCUUGGCCUGAACAUGACUGGCUACUUCUUGUCAUUUGGGUCGCAGCCUGAAUAUCACCUCCUAAGUGAGUCUUUCUGGACAAUUCAGUCUAAAGUAAGACCCCAGUCUUCUGUGUCCUCUCAUAUCAAUCUGUUUAAUUUUUAUUUUUUGUUAUUUUUUUAAAGUUUUUAUGUAUUUAUUUUUAGAGAGAGGGAAAAGGAGGGAGAGAAGUAGUGAUCAGUUGCCUCUAGCAUGCCCCCAGGCGGGGACCCAGACUGCAACCCAGACAUGUGUCCUGACUGGGAUCAAACCCACAACCUCUUGCUCUGUAGGCCGGCACUCAAUCUACUGAGCCACAGCAGCCAGGGCUAAUUUUUAUUUUUAUUAUAGAACUAUUAAUCCAUAUUUGUUUUCUUUAGUUGUUUAUUUUCUUUCUUUCCCCAACAGAAGACAUGAUUCAUGAAAGGGAUUUUUAUCUGUUUCAUUUUUACUUCGUUAGUGCCCUGAACAUAAUGCUUGGUCUGGCACAAUAGCUGUCUAAUAAAUGUUAGAAGAAAAAUAGAAAUAGAAACGAGUUUAAUUCAAGUAUGUGGGAUUUUUUUAAAUUCCACUUGAAUUCUUUUUAAUAUACUUUUUAAAAUACCCUGAAAUCUUGAUAGUUUUUUAACAUUUAUUUGUUUUACAACAGUUUGGUAGCAAUACUUCCAGAAAAUUCUUAAAACCUAUAUUAAAUAAUUGAACUAGGGACAGAAACAUGAAUCAAAAAAAGUUAAAUGUUAGAGAAACUAAAAUUGUCAGGCAAACUAAUAAUCAUUUAAUCAGGAAUCUAACCAUCAGAGCUGGUAUAGAAGGUUAACAAUAUUAAUAAUAAAAUCUUCCUGAGAUGGAAAGCAUGCAUUAGCCCACUGUGACAUGCCACCAAGGAGAGCAAGGCUGUUACAGCAGCUGUCUGUGUGAUUAAGAGACAUAAAAAUUUCAUAAUGAUUUGAUACCAAGGCCUAAUUAAUUUGGUAUUCCCUUAGUAGUUAUCAUCUAUACUUGUUUCAGAAUCAGGUCUUAGGAUAGAUAUAACCCUCAAUUCUCAAUGCCUAACACAUAACAGCAAACUUUCUCUCUGUUUUCUCAAUUCAGGCUGCACAUAUGAUUCAUCAUAUGUGCCUAACAAUAUUAAUAAUACUGAUUAACAAUACUGAUGCCUAACCUUCAGCUACAGAGAUCUGAUUUAAUUGGUCUGGAGAGGACCUUCAAACAUCAGUAUUAAAAAAAAAAGUGUGUAUAUAAAGCAGUCUUGUGUGAAACCAGAGUUUAAAAAUCUCCACUCUAGAGCAAGGGUUUUUAAAGUAUGGUCCUAGGACCAGCAGGAUCAGCAAUAUGGUCCACUUUUUCUAGGAGUUUUAUCCAGAUGAAUCUGGGUUUUCUGAGAGUCAGCUCACAAAACACAUGUCAUUAAUGUGCAUCUACUCCAGAGAUGAGGAUAAGCAAUGAAAUACCAAUUCAUUAGAACACAAUGAGAAUUCACUAGAAAUACAAAUUCUUGGGCCCGAACUCAGAUCUACUGAAUUAGAACUUCUAGGUUGAGGCCCAGCAACCUGUGGUUUUGCCGGCCUUCCCGGUGAUUGUCAGGGACCCUCAAGUUUGAGAAUACUGUUCUAGUGUGCAUUGCCUUCCCAGUGAGUCACUGCUCUUGGAAUGGGGUGGGGAGACAAAUGGGCAAGAGUCAGUUCUUUGAAUGUUCUGCAUUCGUACAACAAAGCAUCAUUUCAAAUCAAUACUCACAAUGAUCCAAAUGACCAUAUCAUUUCACAUUCCAAGGGCUUACUAGGGAGAAAUGGCGUUAUAAAAGCAAAUGUCAACACCCCCUGACACAUUCCUCCCGUGGACUCUGUUUCCCACUCCACAUGAUGGAAGAGCCGUGUGAACGGGCUUAUCAUCAUCGUCUCUCUAGGAGACGUGGAUCUCAGAUCAGCUCCACUAGCUCCCUAUAUAUGAUAUCCGUCAAAGCUUAUUGUAAGUGUAAAAGAAAAUUAAAGUGAAUACUAGGGAACACUUGAGAUAGCCAUAAUGGAAGAUUAAAAAUAAUAUAUCAAUUGAGGCAAAGAGACAUUGUCACUGAACUACAUUGUCCCAGUGAGAGAAGAGGUUUAAUGGACUUAAGUGCAUGUCCAUCAGUCUUGAGUGUGUUCUUGGCACCACUGGAUGUAUUACUCAGUGGCUAUACCGCCUUGGUCAAUUUGUCUUGAAACUCCACUUCAAGCCUCACUUCCUUCACCAAUAAAACUUGGAUCAUAAUGGCCCUUAUUUAUACAGCUGUUAGGAGGAUUUCAUGAAAUAAUGCUUACAAGUGUUUGGCAAAGUGCCUGGUACUUAGUAAAUGGUCAAUAAAUGUUAACUAUCAUCAUUUUUAUUAUCCCUUUCUGUGGCACCACCUUGGACUGAAAUUUUUCCUCCAUUAUGAGUUGUUUAACCUUCAAGGAGGCUCUCAUAAAAGAUCAUCCUUCACCCUGCUCCAUGUAAAGAGGGCAUUAUCUUAAAGAGCCUGUCAUGAUCCCUUAAGGACAGAUUACCAUCAAACCCCAAAACCAUGUGAUAUUAAACUGACACCAAAGUACCAUGCUUUACUUACUAUACUGUAUCAAUGAACUGUGCAUUCUGAACUAAUUCUUUUAUUUCUUGUAACUGUAGUUACGAGUUGGGACUAAGACUUUUAUUGAAUAAACCUGUUUAAAAA